AUGGCAGACCUCAACCUCCAGGAGAUCCAUGAUCUCCUGGUCAACGUAGCUCAUGAAGCUGGCCAGAUGAUGCUCACAGCAACGCCGUCGUAUCUCUCCUCUGGGACCAAGAAGAACUCCGCAGAUUUAGUCACAGAAACCGACAAAGCCGUAGAGAAAAUAGUCUCAACACGCCUCCUUACCGCCUACCCCACCUUCAAAUUUAUCGGCGAAGAAACCUACUACCCAGGCCAAACUCUUACGGCAGAACCAACAUUCAUCGUUGACCCCAUUGAUGGUACAACCAACUUUGUACACGCGUUCUCAACAUUCUGCAUUUCUCUUGGUUUUGCAGUCAACAAGGUCCCAACUGUUGGUGUCAUUUACAAUGCCUACCUCGACGAAUUAUACACUGCCAUAAAAGGACAAGGAGCAUAUCUUUUGCGGAAAGGGGGAAAGAAAGAGAAGCUGCCACUCAAGAAAGAGCCAGAUCCAUUGAAGGACCUCAGCACAUGUUUGGUAGGCGCAGAAUGGGGCAAUGAUCGGACAGGAGUGAAUUUUGAAGUCAGGUCUGAAGUUUUCACGAAGGUCGCAGCAACCAAAGAGGACGGAGGAGCAAUGGUACACAGCAUUCGUUCCAUGGGAUCCGCAGCUUUGAAUCUAGCUGCUGUGGCAGCCGGGCAAUUGGACUUGUACUGGGAGGGAGGAUGCUGGGCUUGGGACGUUUGUGCCGGCUGGUGUAUACUUGUUGAAGCUGGAGGGAUUAUGGUCAGUGGGAACCCAGGAGACUGGGAGCCGACGAUUGAGGGGAGGAAAUACUUGGCCAUCAGGGGAGCUCCUAGUGGACAGAAAGAUAUCGCGGAAGAGCUUUGGGGUGUAAUUGGCGACGGGAGGCUGGAUUAUUCGACCUGA